UUUAUGAUGGCCGUGCCUACGCGUCCCAUGAGAGGACGUCGACGGCUUGCCUCGCCACCGCCUCACGGGCCUGCUGGGUCACCCAGGUUUGGUCGUCAAGUCGCUGAACUUGAUGUAGUCGGUGCUGAGAACGAACGGCACGAGAUCGACAUGUUCCUAUCAUGCACGCAUCUGUCGAGCAAAGGCGAUGCUGACCUUUCGUGCGUCAUCACCAGGUCUACCAUGGGACGCAGUCUGGUGGCCUACUAUACGAGCCAGGCCAGCAAGCCUGGUGUCUCGAUGACCCUCUUCCUCAGUACGUGCUGCUGAUCUGGCGUCCAGCUCAUCUUGUGACCUGGUAUCUCGAUGGCGGCCCUGGUGGCCUGGUGUCCAGCUGUUCUAGCUUCGUGUCAUCUUUCUGCGUGCCCCCUAGGCCUGAUGGCCAGCUGUUUUUGUGGCCUACGCGGAACCUGAUCAGAAGAUUGCGC